AAUUUAAAAAUAACUUGAUUUAAUUUUUUUAAGAAACUGAAUCUAUACAUUUGUGUCGUAAAACAUCGAGUGCAGCUAUAAAUUUAAUAAAAAUAUUUCAGCUGGUUGCUAUUAUGUCUGGAUUACCUGCUAGCCAAUAUUAUCAAGACCAUGGUAAAGGCAUAAACAUAAGAAGUUGUUUUAGUGUACGGACGUAUAAACUGGGGGAUAUUAUCGCAGAAGGUUCGUACAGUAAGGUCAGGAUUGCUUACAAGAAAGGUGGCGAAGGCACAAAAGAAAGAGUUGCAUGUAAAAUGGUUAAUCGCAAUAGAACGUCCCUGGAAUUCGUGACCAAAUUUCUACCCAGAGAGCUAGCCAUUGUGCAGUGUGUGUCCCAUCCUCAUAUUGCCAAAAUUUUCGAUGUAUUUGAUAAAGGGAACAAAGUUUACAUAUUUAUGGAGCUGUGUGAUGGAGGAGACCUAUUGCAGUAUGUGCAAAAGAAUGGACCAUUACUAGAAGAGACUGUCAAAUAUUUUUUCAGACAAAUAGUCUCCGCUGUAGCAUAUAUUCACUCACUGGACAUCAGUCAUCGUGAUCUGAAAUGCGAAAAUGUUCUUUUUAACUCUCGUAACAGAAUAAAAAUAGUGGACUUCGGUUUUGCUAGGUGGUGCGAUAGCAUGGAUGUUAGCAAAACUUUCUGCGGAAGCACAUCAUAUGCUGCUCCGGAAAUUUUGCAGGGUGUGCCGUACAACCCAAAGUUAUACGACUCAUGGUCACUUGGCUGCGUGCUGUUUAUAAUGCUUACAUCAACCAUGCCAUUUGACGAAACUAAUCCAAAGAAGAUGCUGAAAGAUCAGCUGAGAAGAGCCAUUAAUUUCAAUCAUCGUGGAGAUUUUCGUCAUAUAAGUAUUCAGGCCAAGUGUCUAGUCAUAGAACUUUUGGAACCUAAUCCCAAUCGGAGAACGACUGUUCAGCGACUGAACAAGAACUGCUGGCUUAAAACUUGAACAUCUAGGCCAAGAUUUAUACCUGUUCGUCUCAUGCCAGUAGCCACUGUAUCGAGGCACAAACUAUUGUACUGCAGAAUUUGGUUGAUUAAAUUUAUUAUUUCCAUGUU